AUGAUCCAGAAAUGUAUGAAAGAUUUAAAGAAAAAGAACGACUUCGAUAGACGAAAAAGACAAGUUAUUCCAAUUGAAGAAAAAUCACCCAGAGAUCAACGACAACAAAGGAAGAAAUGGCGCGAAGCAUCAAAGAAGUACAGGGAAAAAAAGAGAGCUAAGGGAAAUGAAAGUAUGUUACCAGAAGUGGUACUGAUUAAAUCUCAGAACCAAGAAGACACAUCAAGUGAGACAACAACCCAAACGAGUGCAGCUGUGGAAAAAGAUCCUGUUGAUUGUCUAACUACUUUAAUUUCGCAGAAAAUACGACACAUUAGAUACAUAGAACAAAAAAAACGAAAGAGUUUGAUUAAAAUAGUUCAAGAUUUAAGAAAGGAAAAUGAGAAUUUGAAAAAGAAAUUAAGACAGGAAAAAAGCAGUAUAUCACUAGAAACAAAGUUCAAAAACAAAAACGGCAACUGA